AUGGCACGCCUCAUCGCUUCAGGCAUCGGGGCCAUCCAGUGCGCAGAGAUGCCAACCAACGUUCAAAUUCUGAAAGAUCAGCUUGGGAAUCUCCGGAUCGGGGACUCUGUUGUCUUCAAGGUGACGCAAAAUCAGCUUGGCAUUCCUCAGGUGUCCUUCGCCCGCAAACUGGAGGCUCUCACACAAGAACGGCAUCGGAUCAUGGAGGUCGACGCGCCUCUGCCUCGCCCCGGACACGAGUCGGACGAGCACCUGGGCAUUGUGAGCAGCUUCCAACCGGAGACGGGCUAUGGCUUCCUGAGCUGCGCUCAGACCCGGCAAGUCUAUGGUCAAGAUGUGUACAUUCACUGCGACCAGUUUUUCGACUUGAACGUCGGCGACGCGGUGAACUUUAGGGUGGCGGUGAACGCCAAGAAUCAGCCUGUGGCGCGACGAGUUCGGAAGGCUGGCGACAAGGCUGAGGGUAGACCCCGGUCCGGGUCAGUAUCCAUCUCGGGAUCUCGGAGGAGGAGCCGAAGCCGAGAGCGUCGCCGGGACCGAAGGCGGUCAACGAGCCGAAGGAGAUGA